AUAAUUGUUUGGGUGCAUACCUCCACUUUGAAGAAGGAGGCGGUUUGGACAUGGGGGUGUUCAACUUAGCCGAUGGCAGUAUCCAGCCGCAUUAUGAUGGUGUUUCCCUCAGUCGAGUUUGUCCUCCAAUUUGGGUCACACCAAAUCCGUGUUGAGCAUCCUUCAAUCCUUCGAAGCCUAUUACAUCUGCUGAUGUUCAUAAUAUUUUUGAGCAUCUUGCCCAGAAGCCCUUUGCAUAUGACUCAAGUUGAUGAUGUACAAGAAUGUAGCUUCGCAGCUACACAUCUAAAGCAGUACUAUUUUAACUGCUCUAUGUACAAUGUUGUCCAAGAAAAUAGGAUCAGUAAGGGAUAUGACAAUGCUUUCUAUAUAUCACUUGGCCGGAUAGUCAGCGUUCACACAUCUUCCGAUACCAUGCUAAUGUCAAACACUGGCUGUGCACCCAUUCGGUACAUACACAAUCCUUAAGGAGUAGCUAUGGCCUUCGGCAAGGAGGAAGAUGCAUUGAGGAGUAGCUGUGGGACAAGUAAAGGAUAAUGGAGGGAGCAAAUUAUUAUUAGGCUGAUAUCCAAAAUUUUAACUUGUGUAUGUACAAGGGGAAUUGUUAAUGUUGUUCAAUUACGAUCUAACUUUAGCUUAUUAUAUUGUGGUAGCUAUAAUAUAACUUGCUCGGACUCUUCACUUUUGAUGCCGCAUCUAUUCCAGAUUUCGCAUCCAUUCACAUUUUUGAA